GUCACGGCCCCUCCCCCGCUGAGCCGGCUCUUUCUUUGCCCGGAGCCCGGCGAAGAGCGAGCGCGAGGUCGCCGUUGGAGCUCGGGUGCCGCAGCGGAGCCAUGAAGAUCUGGAGCUCGGAGCACGAGUUCGGACACCCAUGGGAUACAGUUAUCAAAGCUGCUAUGAGAAAAUACCCCAAUCCCAUGAAUCCAUGUGUGGUAGGAGUAGAUGUGAUAGACAGAAGCCUUGAUAACCAGGGAAGGUUACAUAGUCAUCGACUUCUCAGCACAGAGUGGGGACUACCAAGUAUUGUAAAAGCGAUUUUGGGAACAAGUAGGACUUUGACAUACAUUAAAGAACAUUCAGUGGUAGAUCCAGUAAAAAAGAAAAUGGAACUCUGCUCCACCAAUAUUACUCUCACAAAUUUGGUGUCAGUUGAUGAGAGAUUGAUCUACACGCCUCAUCCUGAAAACCCAGAAAAGACUGUGCUAACUCAAGAAGCAAUUAUUACUGUAAAAGGCGUUAGCCUGAGUAGUUAUUUGGAAAGUUUAAUGGCCAACACAAUAUCCUCCAAUGCUAGAAAGGGGUGGGAUGCUAUUGAAUGGAUAAUUCAAAAUUCUGAAAGCGCUCUAAGCUAGCAGUCUCUCUCUACAUCUGCAGUUUGUACUAACUAGUGGUAACUCCGGCAUUCACUAUCUCGGUACAGCAUUUCAGCUUUCUAGCAAAUGUGUGCAUGGACUGUUGUGGUUUUUAUAUAUAUGUACAUUAGCUUGCAUGUAUUGUAAUCACAGUUACAUACAAGAAUGGGAAACUUGUUCUCAUAAUACUAGAAUCAUGUAUGUCUCUUUUUUUUUUUUUUAUUGCGACCUAGAAUGGGUCAAGUAGCCCAAAUCCACUACAUCAGUGAAGGGCAGACCUUAGUUAUUUCUACAUGUACUGCAGUGCUUUUGUACCAUACUAUUGCCUCUUUUACAUGUAUAUGAUAGAUUACUGCAGGUACCUAAGCAUGUGAAAAUGUCACUCUUUAAUAGGGGCCCACUCCAGCUUGGUCAAUUAAAUUUGACUAGAUAAGAACAGUUAUCUAAAGAAAUUAACCAAAAAAUGUUUGGUUAAUGGAAUCAGCCUUAUUAUAAAAAUGGAUCAGAAUUGCACUUACUGUGUUUAGGGUUGGUUUUCUCAGAACGGGUGCCUAACAAGAAUAGUUUUCAGCACAGAGUUAUCGCUACUUGCUUUGUCUUCCGUGACAGGAAUUGAUCUGGUCUCCUCCUUUUUAUUAGACUUUUAAGAGGUAGAUGGGUGAUUGGGAAGGUGGGGAGGGGCAGCUUCUGUUGGUGGUUUAAAAUUUAGGUUAAAGCUGAACAUAUUUUACUCUGAUGAAUUCAUAGAAUAUCAGGGUUGGAAGGGAGGUCAUCUAGUCCAACCCCCUGCUCAAAGCAGAACCAAUCCCCAAGUUUUGCCCCAGAUCCCUAAAUGGCCCCCUCAAGGAUUGAACUCACAACCCUGGGUUUAGCAGGCCAAUGCUCAAACCACUGAGCUGUAUUGUUGUAGUAAGAAUCUCAUUUAGCAUCUUAAAUUGGUUUCCUGGCUUGCUGCUGUUACAAAUGACCUUUAAGCAACAUGACUAUUUAAAAUUUAACUUUCAGAUGUAUUUCCAUUUGUUCAUGGUAGGAAGUGCUGCUUUCUUUCAUAUUCAGACUUCAAGGCUGAAAGGAGUGGUUACAGUUUUCAUAGUUUAAUGCUGGACAGUAAAUAGUUCUCUUCACCUUUCCUUCCAUUAGCUAGCCUACCUCGACUCUGUCAUUCCUGUACUGAAAACACAAACUUCCAAUGAUAAAAUCCUAAAACCUUUUUUCAUAACUCUUCUCCUUCAUUCCUUUAUUUUUGGGGGGAGGAUGUGUGUGUGUGUGUGUGUGUGCCUGCCUUAUAAAAUUAGCAGAUGCUGGCUAUGUGCUUUCAAGUUUACUUUUCAUUCCACUAAAUUCUUGAGUUGGACAAACCAUUAAGCUUUGUCUUCUCCAAAAAACUUCAACUGGAGUAGUCAGUCUGCUAUCAAUUAUCCAAGAUAUAAUAAAUCUUUAUACCCAGUAUUUGACCUAAUAUUGAAAGCAUAAUGUAGUGGUAACGUAUGUAAUGUGCAUGCUUGGUUAUGAAUGUGCUUGCCUAUAUAAUGUAGGACUUAAAUAAAAUUGUAUUAAAUACAUUUUUAUAUAUAUAUAAAAAUAAUGUAAAAAUAUACACUCCAAUCCUCUGUCAGAUUCUGUUUUCCUUUCACUGAGUAGAACUGCCCAGGUCCUUAAUUUUAAAAGAAAUUGUAGAGGUGAAGCUUUAUUAACUUAGAUUCCACUGGAGAAUUGUUCUGAAAUUUACCAUGUCAGCAUAGUGCACUGAUGCUUAAGUUUUAUAGGGAUUUAAGCAGUUUUUCCAGAGCUGCGAGAAAAUACCUCAGAUUGUAUUUGUUUUGGAAAACCAACAAACCUACUUUGAAUGAUUUACUGGUUAUAAUCCUUGGAAGGCAUUUUGUGGAUCUGAGUCCCACCCAAAAGAUGCUGGCUAACUUUUUGACUAAUAAAAGUCUACUGUCUAUAUGAUCAGACUUAAACAUUCUUAGUGUUUUAAAUGUGUUACUUGUCUCCUUUCAGUGUUUUGUAUAUUAGCGACCCUGUAACUAAAAGGAAAGUAACUUGAAAAAUAGCUUUUCAGUCUGAAAAGCUUGUACCUGGGGUUAUUUCUAACACCUAACAUUGGGGGAAAGAGUUGUGGUUUGUUUUUUUUGUUUGUUUGCUUUUCCCCUCUAAUCUCUGUGAAUAUGACAGUUCAGUCAGUUACACUAUUUUGUAAUGCAUUUAUUUCCUGUUGCAUGUAGCAGCCUGCACUGUUCUGUUGUAGCUCGCAUGCAUGCUUCCCUAUACCCUGUGAGAAAGUUUGCCAGCAAUAGUACCAGCAAAACAAACUGAAGUGGUAACUGUGUGCACAGAGGGGAAACAGGCUGAAGGGGAGGAGGAGGAGAAUGAGGAGUUUGGUGUGGCCCUUGGGCCUACUAAGUAUCAGCAGGGAAGCUGGGGAAAAAGACGACUUUGAAGAAGAAUAAGGGUUGCUCUGACUAAAAUAAAUUCAGUUUUAAUUAGCCAAACCAAAAAUAUGCAAGUUGGUGUCCCUUUAACAUGUUGGUGGCACUCCAUUAAAAAUGCUGACUUCCAAUCCACUAACUUUUUGUAAGAAUUGAAAUUUCUCAUGCUUGGUCUUGGCUCAGGAAUGAGAAUUUUUGAUUCUAUGAGUUUGUUUUUAAUACUUUAAAAUCUUUUGAGGAUGGGGACUGUUUACUAGUGUGUGGGCAAUUCCUAGCAAAUACUGACUGCUAACCGUAACAUAAACAUUGAUAACUCAGUAUAGCAUUUGGAUAACAAAGGGCUUUGUUUCUAAACUUGGCAUGUUCUUCCUGGUGAUUGAAGAUGCCGCCUCCUAUUUCACAAUCCAUUUUCUUUCAAUGAGGCUAAAUGGAAAUAGCAUUUUAAACUUGUGCAGUCUUUAAUUUUGCUUAACUUGAAAAAGACUGGUUAUUUGAAUGUGCAUCCACUCUAGUUCCCACUGGUUAGGGAAGAGGAGACCAUGGGAUAGGGACUCUUUUUUAAAAAAAAAAAAAAUAUAUAUAUAUAUACACACACACACACUGUAACAAGUAUACAUAUAGUGCUCUCUCAGGGGGUAACACCCUCUUUCUUCCUGCAUUAGUAAUAUCCCCCAGCUAUUGAACUUGUUUGCAUGCAUUGCAGUUUGUAAAGCUAAUGACCUAAUGACUCAAUCCCAUAGCGUACAUUCUGGUGCUUCUUGCUGAGCUGCCUGUGUCACAAGAGUUCAGUUCUUACUGAAAUAUUGUUCUGAGGAAUCCUGUCAUCUGAUAUCUGCUCAUUUGGGUGCCAUCCUGUAUUCUGCACUGUCUAACCAGACCUAGUAGUAUCUUUUCCUAGAAUGCAUUUUAGAAUGAACUGAGUACUUUUAAUCCAGCUGUUUCAUUCAUUAGGGUGUAUGUGUGGGUGGUAAGGUGAAGAGUUAAUGGAUAAGAAUAGUAAGAACAGGACAGUAUGUCCAGUGAAAACCACUGAGUCUCUAGAGGAUGCCUUUUGUGGUAGUAAUGAUGUAAGAGGUUAAGGUGAGCUUGAUUUUUACUUCUCUCCAAGAAGACUUGAAAAGCUUCUGACACUUGCUUGAAGACUAAGCCUGAUAUGUAAGUGGGAAAGUACCUGUGCCACCAUGCCCUCAAAUCCAUGCAUACUGAAUUUCCAUCCAUGUAUCUUAAAUCCCCUGGAAAAAAUUACUUCUUCUGUCCUCUUAAAUAAUAACACCUCCCUUGGUCUGUUCUGUCACCCAAAUAAAUUAAAUUCCACCUUCCCAAUCAGUUCUACCCCAGUCCUCAACUUUACAGGGUGCUGCUGCCCUCACCCCCUUGCUCUUAAGGAAAUGCCUGGGUCCCUGCACCUACCAAAUAUUCCCCUGGGCACUCUGCUAAUUGCAUUGACCUUUCCCUGUUAAAGUAGUAGUGUGUUGAGAGGUUUUGUGGCCUUCCUUUCCCCUCCCCGCCAGACAGAGGCCAGUGUCUCCCUGGUCUCACUCGGCCUAUGUACAUGAGCAAAACUUCUACUCACCCUGAGUAAAUGGAAUUUAAAAGCCCUAAACUCCAGUACUUUUGAUUAAGGACAUAAAAGUUGUACCCAACUCUAGGCUAGAAAUUUCUCAUUUUAAAGCUAAUCUUCAGUAAGGGUGUGACUAGAGUCCAGCAAGUUAAGCAUGUCAAAUAAGUCUCUUACAUGAAUUCACAAAACUGGGCAGUGCACAUUCUAUGUGGCCAAUUAAAAUAAAGAAGCUGCACACUUAUAUUUAAGUUUUUAAUUGCUCUUAGUUACAGCACUUUUUCUUUGAGGCCGCCUUAAAAUAUCCUAAGAGUAGGAGGGAACAGGGCAGGGUGACAGAAAAUUUAGUUGCCGUUUAAAAAACAUAGCCCAGUAUAUGCUGGAAAAGUGACUCAUCCAUGAACUUAGAACUCCAUGAUACCCUUCCUACAGUCACUUUUUGAUCAAAUUUUGUUCUGACAAGUAGAAUGUCUGUCUUGUUGUUUUUGUUUGUUUUCCUUAACUAACUACUGAGUUAAUCUGAAAGUCCAGCUUGGUUCUUCCUGGCUCUCAUCUUCAAUAAUCAAAAAUUCUCCAAAUGUAAAUUUCUUAACAAUUCUGAUGCAUCAGCUGGACUAGAAUCUAUUUUAGUCUCAGUAUAUGUGGUGGCUUUACUAUGCUAACAGAAAAAGCAAAUGGUAAAAAUAUCCUUAUUGUUAAAGUAACCAGUAAUUUUACAUAGAUCCUCUUUUCCCAUAACCUCACUUCAGUGUGGCACAAACUUUUUGCACAUAAGAUGAAGGUUGUGCAAACACUCCAUUUAAUGAAGCUUCAGUAAAAACUUGAAACCUCAACAUAAAACCCCAAAUAAUGAAAAACUGGUUUCCUUUAGAGCAGUUCUGAAGUCUGACACAGGAAAGAUAUUGAAGCUUUAAUUUUAAGUGGCCUUGUAUCCAUUUUGAUACUAAAUUCAUGUCUUU